CAAUGCAGCAGGUCUUGGACAACCUCAGUGACCUCCCCAACUCCAUGGGAGCCGGAGACCUGGAUCUCAUCUUUCUCCGUGGCCUCAUGGAGAGUCCAAUAGUAAGAUCAUUGGCUAAGGCUCACGAGCGACUGGAGGAGACGAAGCUGGAAGCCGUGAGGGACAACAAUCUGGAGCUGGUCCAGGAGAUACUCAAAGACAUCACUCGCAUUGCUCAGCAAGACAGCACGGCCGCCGAGCUGGCUCGCAUCCUCCAGGAGCCUCACUUCCAGUCCCUCUUGGAAACCCACGAUUCCGUUGCCUCCAAGAGCUACGAGACUCCACCACCCAGCCCAGUCCUGGACCCCAUGUUCAACAACCAGCCGGUGCCACCAGAUGCCGUGCGCAUGGUGGGGAUUCGUAAGACUGCUGGGGAGCACCUGGGUGUGACGUUCCGGGUGGAGCGCGGCGAGCUUGUCAUUGCCCGCAUCCUGCAUGGCGGCAUGAUUGACCAGCAGGGGCUGCUGCAUGUGGGCGACAUCAUCAAGGAGGUGAAUGGGCAAGAGGUGGGCAGUGACCCACGUGCAUUGCAAGAGGUGCUGAAAAAUGCCAGCGGAAGCGUCGUGCUCAAGAUCCUGCCCAGUUACCAGGAGCCACAUCCACCUCGCCAGGUGUUUGUGAAGGCCCACUUUGACUAUGACCCAGCCUCUGACAACCUCAUUCCAUGUAAGGAAGCUGGGCUGAAGUUCAUUGCCGGGGACCUGCUCCAGAUCGUCAACCAGGAUGACCCCAACUGGUGGCAGGCCUGCCACGUGGAAGGCGGCAGUGCAGGUCUGAUCCCGAGCCAGCUGCUGGAAGAGAAACGCAAGGCCUUUGUGAAGCGAGACCUCGAAGUCACCCCCUCAUCAGGUGCCUUGUGCGGAAGCCUCAGCAGCAAGAAGAAGAAGAGGAUGAUGUAUCUGACCACAAAAAAUGCAGAGUUCGACCGCCACGAGCUGCUGAUCUAUGAGGAAGUGGCUCGCAUGCCUCCUUUCCGCAGAAAAACCUUGGUGCUGAUCGGGGCUCAGGGGGUUGGCCGGCGCAGUCUUAAGAACAAACUCAUCAUGUCUGACCAGUCGCAGUACGGAACCACCAUCCCGUAUACUUCGCGGAGACCCAAGGAGCAUGAAAAGUCCGGGCAGGGGUACUGCUUUGUAACCAGGAGUGAGAUGGAGGGAGACAUCAAAGCAGGCCGCUACCUGGAACAUGGCGAGUAUGAAGGAAACCUCUAUGGGACCAAGAUUGACUCUAUCCAUGAAGUCGUAGAGUCAGGCAAGAUGUGCAUUCUGGAUGUGAACCCCCAGGCUGUGAAAGUUUUGAGAACAGCGGAGUUUGUCCCGUACGUGGUGUUUAUUGAGGCACCGGAUUUUGAAACCCUUCGAGCCAUGAACAAGGCAGCGCUGGAGAACGGUGUGGCAACCAAGCAGCUUGCGGAUGCCGACCUGAAGCGGACGGUUGACGAGAGCUGCCGGAUCCAGCGGGGCUAUGGUCACUACUUUGACCUCUGCUUGGUCAACGACAACAUGGAGCAGACAUUCCAGCAGCUGCAGGAAGCCUUGGAGAAGUUGCACAGCGAACCGCAGUGGGUCCCCGUCAGCUGGGUUUACUAG